CGCAAAGAGAGGCUGGGGACGUCGCCACCGGCUCUUCCGGUUUCUCGAAAGGAGAAGAAGCACAGCCGCAGAGGCGUGGACCCUCUUGACGGUCUGCUCGCGCAGCAGUCGCUUUCGAGCUGCGAGAGGAGAAAAAGGAGACACAUUUGGAGCUGAGGAGUUCCUUCACUUCUGGGAGAAAUUCCCUUUUCAAAAGAGUUUCCUUUAAGUCGUCUUUCUCGCCUCCUCUUCUUCUGUGAUGUCUUUCCCCCGUCCUCUCUGAACAGUCACACAGGACGCGAGAGCUCUCGCUGUGCAAGACACCGCUCCAGCAGACAGUUGAGCGAAGACGGCGAGAGUCCUUUAGAAAAGGUCUUUGCUCUUUUCGGAUUUUCUUUCCCCUUGGCGAACCUCACGCAGAAGCAGCAGCAGACUCGCCUGAAGACUUCUCUCCGUCUCUCGCGAGAGGCCGUCAAACCUCCGCGCCGUAGCUCGCUUGUCUUCGCGGCUUGCCUUCUUUCUCUCCGCGUCUGAAUUGUUUUAUAGUUUUCGUUGUCGCAGUUGACUUCUGCCCUUCCCUGCCCUCGUCAGUGCACCACUAGAGUCGUCUUCUUUUCCCUGGCUGCUUCCUCAUUUCUUGUCUUGAACCUUUUCUUCUCCCUCUCGUUAUCUCUUCUUAUCCCUCUCUGCAUCACCCUGCCGUAUCUCGUCAAGAGUCUCUCACAUGCGGUCUCUCUCUUUUCUCCCGCCGCCUCUGGCACUUCACCUGCAUCUCCUGCCUUCUCUCCUUCGUCUUUUGCGUCUCUCUUCGCGUUCGAAUGAGCCGGAAAAAAGAUGCUGCAAGCGAACAAGACUCGGGUAGUGGCGGAUCUGGCAUGUGAGACGCUGGAAAUUCGACAUCUGGAGCUUCGUUACUGGAUAGAUGUCUUCAAGAGGUUCGGGGUGCUCGCCGCCUUUCUCGGCGGCUUUGCCUCUUCGGUCAGCCUCAUCCAUACGCGCGGCCAAGAUACGAAGAGCGCGAAUCUCCUCUUCGUCCUCGCGGCUGGAGGCGCGAUGGGAUUCAACCUUGUUCUCCUGGUCGUCAGCGUCCUCUGCUCGCUGUUCGGACCGGGAAAAGCUCUCACAGGCCGCGGCGACGAAUCCUACACCGUGGCGAUUGGAAUCAUGGAGAGGAUGUACAGACACUGCCUGGUCCUUUUUCGCCUGGGCCUGCUGUGUUAUCUGGCGGCGUCGAUCUUUGCAGUCUUCAGUAUGUUUCCGUUCCUUUCCGCGGCGAUGGUUUCCGGCGUCUUCCUCUCGUUCGCCUACCUCCUCGCUCUCAGAUCUGCGCAGUUGCGCGCGAAGUUCGUCCCUCAGAACUUCUCCUCUGGCUCUCUGAAGGCCAGCCCAGUGAGAGACAUCGGCGCGGAACUGACGGGGAGAGAAGAUCCCAGUCUCGGAGGCUUCGUCUUCGACGCCUCCUUUGGCAAGCGCAUCUGAAGAAACGCAUGCAGCUGGAGUUGCGCGCUCUGGCAGGGCGAGAACAAAUCAAGUCCUCUCCGUGUCUGCGGAAAAAAGGCGGGAGUCUGACGCGGACUUCUAUUCUUUUACGCGCGUCGCUUCAGCCGGCUAAACUGCGUCUGCCGCGGCGCUUCUUCACAUUGCUUUCCACCGUACACCUGCGCGCGCGCAUGCAUUCGUGGUGAAACAAAUCUACAUCUGCGUCCAAAUACCUACAAAUUCAGAGAAUAUUAAACCUUCGUAGGUAUAACUCCCUGCUACCAUAUGCGCAGACAGGCUUUCGAAUGCAUUUCUACAGAUAUAUAUAUAUAUAUAUAUAUAUAUAUAUAUAUAUAUAUAACUAUACAUAUGCAAUCAUUCACGCUUGCUUUUAUGUAAGUAUAUAUAUAUAUAUAUAUAUAAGUGUAAAUGAUCUUUUAGUGUAGUGGUUUCCUUUGCUUCUCCCCUUCGCUUUGACACACGGGAGACUGUAGAAAGAGCCUUUUCACAAGUGACAAGGCUGAGAGAAUGUUUUUAUCAAUUUACAGGUGCCUAUUUUUGUCCAAGAUAUUCAUGUACGUUUGUGAAUCUGGAUAUUUGCGGCUGUUUGAGUGCUCUGUUCGAAGCCGCGAAAAAAUUGUCUGCAACUUCCGCACUCCACAGUGUGGAGUUUCGGGGAUUCAGGAGAGAAAAGCGAUUGGCCUUCUUAAGCAAAAAUCAAGAACCAGUGUGGAAAGGACAGGUUCGCAGAAACCGCACAGGAUUGUUUCUGCAUUUCCCCUGCCGUCUCUACCACUGAACGACUUUUUUUGAAAACAUCAACUGAGCGCUGCUCCUGCCAUGCUGCCCCCUCGGCAUUCGGUCGAGACUUUUCUUCUCUCUCUGUGAUACUCUCUUCUCUUUCUUUUCUCUCUGUGGGGAUCCGUUUCCUCUCUUCUCUCUCUGUCUGAACGUCUCUCGUUUUUUCAGUCUCUUCAAAGCUCUUUCUCUCUUGUUCUUUUCUUCUCCCUUUCCUGUCUCAUCCUCUGCCUCUCCCUCUGUCUCUGUCUCCGUUGCACUUCACGCCUCCGUCACUGCUGUCCACCUGGUGUGUCGGACUGUCGUUUCCUCUCUCUUCCGCGACGGAGUUUCUCGGACUCUUUUCUCAGACGCUGAGAACUGGGAGAAGUCCUCUAGACUUUGAGGCUUUCAGCUUAUUGAGCAUGGAAAAUUGAAUUUCAUUGUACGCUUUUUCUGCCGCACACCAGCGGCCCAGAGGCCGGAGGGCGACGAGGGCAGACAGAAGAGACAGAGAACGAAAAGAAGAAGAAAGGAAGAACCGGACGCACAGCCUUUUACAGUAGAGCGAGAGCUUUGCGGCGACGAACGAACCGCGAAGCGAGAAAGGGAGACAAGAAAAAACGAUUUUUUCGCAGGUCAGAGAAAACGAAAAGGAAAUGACUUUGAAGCUAGGAACAGGACAGUUUCGAAGGUCUCGAAUGAGACAGAGACGAACUUCCAUGGGGUCU